CAUGGCGAAUAGCGGGGGAAUUUGUUCCUGCUUGUCUUCUGCAGUUCUCUUUGGAUUAUCCGCUCUCUUAAUUGCUCUGUCUAUAAUCUGUCAUGUGAUAGCCUUAGCGACGGACUAUUGGUUAACUUCAGAUGAUGAAGAUCAAAACAACUUCUUAAAUUUGGGCCUUUUUAAGGCAUGCUUUGAUAACUAUUAUCAUAAAUAUGAUGUACCUUAUAAGUUAUACAAUGGUUGUCAUAAUUUGGAAUCUCAAUAUUACUCUUCCAUGAAAGAAUGGCUUCUUCCAGGUUGGCUGUUUAGUGCUAGAGUCCUAGCAGUUAUUAGUCUCAUUCUUUUGAUAGUUGGUACUAUCAUUUUUAUCCUUUUGGCUCUUAUUUGGUGCUGCAGAACUGCCUGUUGCAGCGAUGAUGUCGGAAAAGGAGAAAAAUGUCUGUCUUAUGCUGGACCUAUCGUUUUCAUUGUUACAGGUAUGCUGAUUAUGGUUGUUUGUAUGAUAUUUGGUGAUAAUGCCAGAAAACUUCAAUGUAAAAAUUUUUGGGUGGAGGGUCACCUAGGUUAUUCUUGGGGCUUCGAAGUUGCCAGUUGUAUAUUUGCUUAUAUAGCUGGAUUAUUCUUAAUAAGGCUGGUUGUUCUAAAAGCCAGAGAAAAUUGGAAAAGUUCGGAAUAUUAG